CGAUAGCCGCUGCUCCAGCUGAUUGCAGCUCCGCAUCUAUUUUGUUGUCACUUGGCGCGAGAAUUUCUAUUUAUUGGGCUUUUGCGUUAAAUAAAACCAAAUUGUUAGCUCCCCAACAAUAUGUCUGACGAUGACUUUGAUAUAUUUAGUGCCGUUUGCAGGCGGCCUCCCAGGGAUGCUGUGCCCAUCGCUUCCUACGAUAAUGCAUGCAACGACUCCUUCUCCAAGGAGGUGGACUACGACUUCAUAAGUGCCAACACAAACAAAACGAGCAGGGUUAACAAGGCCAAGGGAGUAACGAAGACCCAAAAGAAAGUACAGAAAAGCAAAAAGAAAGAAGAGAUCCUAAAGGAUGAACUUCUAUUUCCGGAACCUGCUAAGAAGCAGCAAGACUCUGCACGAGCCCUAUCCCCCGUCUCCCAGUUGAUCCUGGAAAUGGAUGAGAAGCAGACCAAGGUCGAUGAUCCUCCGUUGAUUCCGGAAGACAGCGCACCUGUGGCCAGACGGACGCGCUCUUCGCUGGGCAAGAAGGAAAUAGUUCCAAAUCCGGUGGAGACCGCCUUUCCAGUCGUAAAACCGAAAAAGCGGAAUACUCGGGCCAAGAAAACCCCGGUGGCGGUUGCAGGCAGCAGAGUUGAAGAUGUAUCUGCAACUGUUGUUUCCUCCUUGAACAGCAUUGUUAAUAGCUUUAGCCACGCCACAAGGCGCUCUCAAAUGGCCGAAAUAGCAGCUCGAUCUCAAGUGUUGGACAGCAUUGAUUUAGUAUCAGCGGUGCCUCCACGCGUAGAGGGAUUUGUUAAUCUCGACUCCGAUGACGAAGGCCAAGCCCCUGCAGUCGUUGAAGAGGCCAGUGUCUUUGAUACGGACAAUCCCACAAUAGAAGUAGCCCUGUCCUGGCUUGGAGAGAUACAGGUUUACAAGCUGCGCCAGCAUCAGAAGUUCAAGCACAUGUUCAAGGAGGUGGCUGAACGUAAUGGCGUGGAUGAGGGUAAUGUUUCCAUGGACAUGUACUAUAAGUUCGUUGGUCCCGAAGACACGCCUCACAGCAUCGGUCUCAAAAGUUUUCACACACUAAGUGGUCAUGUCACAAAGUCGGGCAAUAAGAUAAAUUCCAAAGGUGACAACCAUCAAGAAGACCUAUCGAAGAAGCCAAGAAAAUUCCAACUAAAAGUGCAAGCGGCCAAAUGGAAACAACCCCUGGUGGUGGCCUUUAAAAAGAAAGAUCCUUUCAAGAUACUAUACAUCAAGUGUGCCGAGGAGCUGAACGUUGAGGCCCGUCUCAUUAAACUAUAUUUUGAUGGUGAUCUGCUGGACCCGGAUGAUACUCCCAAAAACCAAGAAAUGGAGGGCAAUGAAAUGAUUGAUCUGGAAAUGAAGGCUUAAGUGUUAUAACUAUCUUAUAUUUUGAUUUCUUUAAAUUUUGAAUGCCUUAUUUAUUUUUUCCUUUUUUCACAAGAGUUAAUUAAAGCCUGUUACUUAAGAAA